GCCAUCCUUCCCUCAUGCCGAUCUUAUACAUCUACGACGGUUAGAACACAAUGACGCCAAUUCUCUCUUGCCAUGUCUUUCGCUAGGGUAGUUGCUCCCCGGAUCGCCCAUAUAUCCAGCAAAAAUCGCAUCACUCGUCGCAUAUCGACAGCACGCCCUCAUUUUCCGUGUGUUGAAGCUCACGCCCUUCGGGAGUCUCAGAUUCGUCGACAAAUUUCCGGGACAUCGGUAGUUACCCAGGAGGAAGAGCAAGAAACCGGCCCAGAGCCGCCGUACGCUCGUCCCAAUCCAAAGUCUUAUAACGUCUAUCAUCAUUUGACUUCUCUGCCACUGGCAUAUGGCGCAUCUCUUCCCGAGUUCGACAUUGCGUAUGAAACAUGGGGCACACUAUCUCCGGCAAGGGAUAAUGUUAUUUUGUUGCAUACGGGACUCUCCGCAUCCUCGCAUGCUGCAUCAACCUCGCUGAACCCUGCAGAAGGCUGGUGGGAAAAAUUUAUAGGUCCCGGAAAAGCCUUGGAUACUAAUCAGUUCUACAUAAUAUGUACGAAUGUAUUGGGCGGAUGUUACGGCUCAACAGGACCAUCAUCUAUGGAUCCUUCGACAGGACAGCAUUAUGCGACAAAUUUUCCCAUUCUAUCGGUAUUCGACAUGGUGCGAGCGCAGUUUUAUCUUCUCGAUCACCUAGGCAUCGACCGGCUGUAUGCUAGCGUGGGCUGUUCCAUGGGUGCCAUGCAGAGCUUGGCUGCGGGAUGGCUACACCCCGAGCGGGUGGGAAAAGUUGUUAGCAUUAGUGGUACUGCCCGAAGUUCGCCUUCCGCCGUUGCAAUGAGGUAUGCCCAACGGAGUGUCCUCAUGGCAGAUCCAAACUGGAACAAUGGUUUUUACUACGAUGGCCUUCCCCCGCACACUGGCAUGAAGUUGGCGCGGCAAAUUGCUACAAUAACGUACCGCUCAGGUCCAGAAUGGGACCUCCGGUUUGGGCGCCAACUUCGUCCUAUUUCUGAGUUCCUGGUUUCAGAGGAGAAGCCGCGCGCACCUGCCCUAUGUCCAGAUUUCCUCAUCGAAACUUACCUUGAUCAUCAGGGUGAACAAUUUUGCCUGAAAUAUGAUGCCAACUCUCUCAUUUACAUCUCCAAAGCGAUGGAUCUUUUUGACAUGACAAGCGAAGUACUUGCCGAUCUUCGGUUGGAGCCUAUUUACAAAGAAAAUGGCACCUUGUCACCGCAUCAGCCGCACAAAACAUCGCACUCAAAAUCGCACCCACCUCCUUCGAAUCCGCCCCGGUAUCUGCCUUCGCUUGCAAAAGGGAUGAAACCAUUAGCCAAAAUUCCAGUGAUGGUACUAGGUGUUCAAAGUGAUAUUCUUUUCACAAUUGAGCAGCAGAGGGAAGUUGUCGAUGCUUUGCGCAUGGCUGGAAACGAUCAGGUCGUGUAUUAUGAAUUGGGCGGCGUUUGGGGACAUGACACAUUCUUGUUGGACGUUUUGAACGUUGGGGGGGCGAUCCGAGGCUUUCUAUCAUAACAGUGAAGGCGUACAUUCAUAUCUAGCUGUAGCGAGCUCGGAGACGACAUUCUCGGACCUCAAUUUUGGACCUCUUGGUAUUAGACAAAAUGUAUUGUGACUACCCCUUGGAACGCCGCCAAAUAGAGGCGAGAAGCUCAGUGCAGAAAUGUACAAGUUAACCACCGAUAUGUUCGUUUAUCACUG